AUGGACCUGCUUCACGACACGCCGUUCGGUAUCCUGCUGAAUUUCCUGGCCCGCGGGAAGAUCAAGCAGCUUCAGUAUUAUGAAGAAAAGAACCCAGAGAUAUGGAGGAGGUACAUCGAGCCCGACGCAAGCGACAGGAGUAUAGCGAACUCGUCGCAAGAAGGAGUACCCGAGCAAGCAGAAGGGGCUAGUCAGGUCCAGAGCGAGGUGACAGAUGUGAGGGUAGACUCCGAGAAGGGGGAGGAUAUGCGCCUUGUCGAGUUCCUACCUGGAGAUCCAGAGGUUCGUUGGGAUAGACUGCGAGAGGGGAUGAGGGCUAACGAUCUGCAGAACCCCUUGAACUGGUCGCUCACAAAAAAGACCUUCGCAACAUUUCAAAUAUGUCUCUUAACCAUUGCCAUUUACAUCGGCUCCGCCAUUUACGCAGCUGGUGUGAGGGACGUCUCGCGGGUAUUUGGGGUCAGUCCAGUCGCUGGGAUCUUGGGCCUCACGCUCUUUGUCGCCGGAUACGGGCUUGGACCGAUGGUUUGGAGUCCCAUCUCGGAAGCUCCCCAGAUUGGCCGCAAUCCCGUCUAUAUCGGCAUUGCUGCUGUCUGCGGUCCUACCAUGGGACCUGUGAUUAGCGGCUUCGCAGUCGACGCCAACGGCUGGACCUGGACCAUUUUGGAGCUUAUCUGGAUCGGAGGGUUCACCUUCAUUCUGCUCUUCGUCUUUCUCCCGGAGACGAGCUCCAGCAAUAUCCUCUUCCGCCGUACACGACGUAUCAGAAAACUGACUGGCAAUGAUAAGCUAAUCAGCAGGGGAGAGCUAAUGGCGGAAACUAUGACGAGACGGGACGUCGUCCAAAUGCUGCUUGUCCGCCCAUUCACUCUCAACUUCACGGAACCGAUGGUCUUCCUUCUGAAUCUAUACACGGCUCUCAUCUAUGGACUGCUUUACAUCUGGUUUGAGUCAUUUGCCGUUGUCUUUCGAGGCAUUUACGGGUUCAAUACCGGGCUGAUUGGGCUCUCAUUCCUGGGAAUCUUUGUCGGUGCCAUCAUUAUCGUGCCGCCUUUUUUCUGGUACCUGCACAAGUACCUCGAACCGGAGUUCGACGAGAAUGGAUUUAUCCAGCCGGAAAAACGACUUCCCCCAGCGUUCUUAGGUGGCGUCGCAAUUCCAAUCUGUUUGUUUUGGUUCGGCUGGUCUUCAAGACAGAGCAUCAACUGGAUCAUGCCUAUCAUCGGUUCUGCUUGGUUCAGUAUCGGAUCCUUCUUAUUAUUCAACCCGGUGUUGAACUACCUCACAGACGCGUACCCUGACUACGCUGCAUCGGUGCUUGCUGGAAACGACCUGUUCCGGAGUGCGUUUGGUGCAGGUUUCCCGAUGUUUGCGACGGCCAUGUACACCAGGCUGGGUGUUGGCUGGGCAAAUUGGCCCGACAUUGCGGCAUAA